AUGGCUGGGCGGCAAAGUCUGCAGCGGCCCGCCUCACUGCGCCACCGCUCACUGUACGACUGUGCACCGCCUACCUUCCUCUCCUCGCCUCUUCUCCGCCGCGCCAUCCCACCACGUGCCUCUCCGAAGCGGCAUCCCAACUCCCCAACACGCGCCUCUGCUCUGCGCCAUCCCACCGCGCCAUUCCCACCGCGCGCCUCUCCUCCGCGCCAUUCGACCGCGCGCCUCUCCUCCGCGCCAUCCCACCGCGCGCCUCCCUCCACGCCCCUCAUUUCCCCCGCUUCACCCCAGCAAAUCCCCGCUUCGUUCUACUCCUUUGCGCCCUCCUCCCCCCCUUCCCCCUUCCCUGCCUCCCCUCCUCCCUGCCUCCCCUCCUCCCCACCUCUCCUCCGCCCCUCCUCGCCUCCUUGCUGCCUCCCCUCCUCCCCACCUCUCCUCCUCCCCUCCUCCCCACCUCUCGUCAUCCCCUCCUCCCCCCUUCCCUGCCUUCCCACGUCCCCACUUCUCCACCCCCUCGUGCAGGUGGCGGCGGGGGUGUUGGGCCGACUGCUGGACGCGGCUCAGCAGCCGCACUCGCUCUUUGAGGUGGCGGCGGUGGUCACGCAGCCGCCGUCCAGCCGGGGCAGGGGGCGCACUAAAGGACAGUUGCAGCCGACCGCUGUGGGACAGCUGGCAGCAGAUCGCGGCCUGCCAGCCGACCGCAUCCUCUCGCCUGCCACGGCUCGCGAUCCCGCCUUUCUGGAGGCGCUGAAGCACCUGCAGCCAGACGUGUGCAUCACUGCAGCAUAUGGAAACUUCCUCCCGUCUUCCUUCCUCUCUAUCCCGCUCCAAGGCACUGUGAACAUUCACCCCAGCCUGCUCCCCAAGUUCAGAGGAGCAUCGCCCGUGCAGCGAGCUCUGGAGCAAGGAGUGAGGGAGACGGGGGUGACAGUGGCAUACACAGUCCUGCAGAUGGACACGGGGCCCAUCAUCGCACAGGAGAGGGUGGCUGUGACGGAAGACAUUCAAGCACCCGCCCUGCUCAACGACCUCUUCCAUCGAGGCACACACCUGCUACUGCAGCACCUGCCCUCCGUGCUGGAUGGCUCUGCUGCUGCCACUGCCACGCCUCAAGACGAUUCCCAAGCCACUCACGCCCCCAAGGUGGCAGCAGAGGAGGGCAUCCUCGACUUCUCUCUGCCUGCCCUCACACUGCACAACAAGGUUCGGGCAUUCGCCCCUUGGCCCGGCACCCGAGCCUCGUUCAUAACCAAGGACCCAGUGACGGGUGAUGUGGACAACGUCUCCCUCAAGCUGCUGCGCACCCGGCCCCGCCCCGCCGCCCCCUCCUCUGCCCCGCCUGACCCCGCGGUGGCACCGGAGGAGGUGGAGGAGGUGCGCCUGGAGGGGCAGGCCAUGCUCGUCCCCUGCGACGAUGGCUCCGUGCUCGAGGUGCUGGAGGUGCAGCCGGACAGCAAGCGACCCAUGACAGCCAAGGAGUUCUGGAAUGGCCUGCGCGACCGCAAGCUCUACCGUCCUGCCUGA